AGAAUAAAAAAAAAAAGAUAAAACACUACUAGAAAGAAGAAGAAGAUGGGGCUCAUGUUGAACUUGGUGGUUCUAUUUUCUAUAUCAUUAUUUGUAUCCUUAGGGAAAGGACAAUCUAAUGAUAGUGUUUUCGAUGUGACCAAAUAUGGUGCUAUGCCUAAUACUGAUAUAUCUCAGGCCCUCACAAAUGUAUGGACGAUGGCUUGUGGAUCCACGAGUCAAAGUAAAGUACUUAUUCCAGAAGGAACCUACCAGUUAAGUAUAAUUAAGUUGACGGGUCCUUGCAAAAACCAUAUCCAAAUUCAACUUGAAGGAAUAUUGGAAGCUCCCAUAAAUCUUAUCGGAGAACAUUGGAUUAGUUUCCAAUAUAUCGAUCAGUUUACAUUGACGGGUACAGGAGUCUUUGAUGGGCAAGGAAAAGUAGCUUGGGGAAAAAAUGAUUGUGCCAAAAAUUCAAAGUGCUCCAAACUUCCUAUAAAUUUGAGGUUUAAUUUCAUCACAAAUUCGAUCGUGAGUGACAUAACGUCGAAAGAUAGUAAAAGCUUUCAUGUUAAUGUAUUGGGUUGUAAGAACCUUACCUUCCAACAUGUGAACAUAAAUGCACCAGGAUAUAGUCCCAACACAGAUGGAAUUCACAUCACUCGUUCGAUUGGGAUUAAUGUUACCAAUACAAAUAUUAGUACUGGAGAUGAUUGUAUCUCACUCGGAGAUGGUAGUCGGCAAGUAACAAUCACUAACAUAACAUGUGGGCCUGGACAUGGUAUAAGUGUAGGAAGUUUAGGAAAGUAUGUUGCUGAAGCACCCGUUCAAGGAGUCAUAGCUAAGAAUUGUACGUUGAUAAAUACAACUAAUGGUGUUAGAAUCAAAACAUGGCCAUCUUCUCCUAGUUUUGGAACAGCUUCUGAUAUGCAUUUUGAAGAUAUAAUAAUGGUCAAUGUCAGUAAUCCAAUUAUCAUUGAUCAAAAGUAUUGCCCCUGGAACCAAUGUGAUAAAACGAACCCAUCAAAAGUCAAGAUUAGCGAUGUUAGUUUCAAGAAUAUCAGAGGUACUGCAGCGAACGCACUUGCAGUCAAUUUUGUUUGUAGUUCGCAAUUUCCAUGUGAAGAUAUAGAGGUAGCUGACAUUAACCUCACUUAUAAUGGAAGUGGCGGCCCUAUUUCAUCUCAAUGCAAGAAUGUGAAGCCCAUCUUUUCAGGAAUACAAAGCCCUCCUGCUUGUUCUUCUCCCUCUUCAACUGCAAAAGCACUUGCUUAA